AUGGGCAAACGCAAGUCGGCUAGCAAGCCGGAGGGCAAGAAGAAGCGCGAGACUCUUUCCACGACCUUCCAGUGCCUGUUUUGCAAUCACGAGAACUCCGUCUCGGUCAAGAUCGACAAGAAAGCCAGCACAGGCGAAUUGACGUGUAAGGUCUGCGGACAAACAUUCCAAACCGUGACCAACUACCUCAGCGCGCCCAUUGACGUUUACUCGGAUUGGGUGGAUGCUUGCGAUUCCGUAGCCAAGCAAGCUGCCCAGAGCACAUCACAAUCACGAAGAGACCCAUACAGCGGCACUGCAUCUCAAUCGAAUUUGCAGGGAUCCCGCAAUGCUGCCCCAGCAGACGACGGUUUCAUUGACGACGACGAGCUGGACGCAGAGGCAGAUUACGCGGAAGAGUGA